AUGCAGGUUGGAGAACCACCAGUGAUCGAUUUCGGUCGUGAGUUGAGCCUUCAGUUCUCUAGACCUGGGAAACGAACUAUGACACUGACAAAGACGGUCCACAAAGCAUACUACGGCACGGAUCCCGAAGCUAAAGAGCUACUUGUGCAAGAAGUGCGGGAUGCUUGUAAACAGUUUGGCUUCUUCCAGCUCGUGAACCAUGCCAUUCCGACCGGUCUGCAGCAGCAAGUCCUUGAACAAAGUAAAAACCUGUUUGAGCUUCCACUAGAGACGAAACAAAAAUACGAUAAAGAGAUCGAAGGUCUCCAGCGAGGCUACGAGUGUCUUCGUUCGCAGAACUUCGAGAAAAGGACUAAGGGCGACCUCAAAGAAGGAUAUUACUUGGGGAAGAAUUUACCUUCCGAUGACCCUCUCGUGGUUCAAAGAAGAUUUGGCCAGGCCCCGAACAAAUAUCCGUCAGAAGUCCGCGAUCCAGAGAAGUUCAAAAUUGUUAUGGAAGAAUAUCACACUGUUAUGAGCACUUUCGCAACCCACAUCAUGGAAGUCAUGGCGUGUACAUUGGAUUUGAAGAAGGACUUCUUUGAUGAUUUUUGCGACCAUCCGGUUGCAGUGCUUCGAUUGCUGCAUUACCCACCGCAGGAUCCAGCUACAGUGGAAACUGAGAGAGGUAUCGGCGCCCAUACCGAUUUCGGCGCAGUCACCAUGCUUCUACAGGACAAUACUGGCGGGCUCCAGGUAUGGAACAACAUAUCGUCUGAAUGGGUCGAUGUGACCCCACUUCCCGGAGCUUACGUGGUCAACCUUGGGAAUUUAAUGAUGCAAUGGACGAAUGAUCGCUACUUGUCAAAUCUUCACCGGGUCAUUAACAAAAGUGGAGAUGAGAGAUUCAGCAUCCCCUUCUUCUUUUCCGGCCACCCAGAUUUCACAGUUGAGUGCCUUCCAAGUUGCAUGGAUCCCGAACAGGGCGCGAAGUAUCCUCCUGUCACGGUCCAUGAUUGGAUGGUAGGCCGAAUUUCCGAUACCUAUGGCCUGUCGAAUGGGAAAGCCAUUGGUGAUUUACGACAAGAGCUUGCGAAUAGUACGGAGGCGAGGCAAUAA